AUGCGUAGGUUCAGCAGUACAUUUUACCCCAGAUAAUGUGUGGUCAUUGAAUUUCUUUUCUCUUGCCUUUUGAGGGGUAUUCAUAUAAGUGAACGGCGUGUGUUCAGAUCUAAUGCAAGGAGGAUUUGUUGAGUACUUACCAACGUUCAAGAACUGACCUAGGCACCAGGAACACAAGUGUAUAAGAGAUAAUUCUAAGACAUCUCCAGGAUUGUAAGGAAGGAGAUAAAUAGUGAUUCUCAUCAUUUAUUGAGCACUUGAUGUGUUCCAGGCAUUGUUUAAGCCCUUCAGAGAAUUUACUUCAUUCAGUUUUUUAAUGACCUGUGCAGCAGGUACUGUAUUUCCUAUUUAGCAGAUGAGGAAAAUAAGACUUGGCAGAGCAGGCAGUUCUGGCCAAGCAAGAGACUAAGCAGGAUUGCUGCAUGAAAACUGAGCUGCUAAGGGAAGAUACACCUAUGGCUGCUGAUGAAGGUUCCACGGAGAAACAGACAGGAGAGACUCCCCUGGCUGCAGAUGGAGAAACCAAUGGGUCUUGUGACAAGAGUGGUGACACCAGCCUUCCAAAUGCACCCACACAUACUCAGGAGAGCACAAGAGCUAGCCCACAGGAAGGAACCAACAGAGCAUCUCGGGUGGCUGAAAAUGGUCUUUCAGAAAGAGACACAGAAGUGGGAAAGCAAAACCAUGUCACAGCUGACGACUUCCUGCAGACUUCCGUCAUUGGCAGCAAUGGAUAUUUCUUAAAUAAACCAGCCCUGCAGGGGCAGCCCUUGAGGACUCCCAACACUCUAGCCUCCUCGCUUCCUGGUCAUGCAGCAAAAACUCUUCCUGGAGGGGCCAGUAAAUGCAGGACUCCAAGUGCACUUCCUCAGACACCAACCACAGCACCUGCUGUGCCUGGGGAAGGGAGUGUAGAUGCCGAGGACAGGAAGCCUACAGCCUCAGGCACUGAUGUCAGGGUUCACAGGGCACGCAAGACCAUGCCGAAGUCCAUCCUGGGCCUGCAUGCAGCCAGCAAAGACCACAGAGAAGUUCGAGACCAUAAGGAACCAAAAGAGGAUAUCAACAGAAACAUUUCUGAAUGUGGACGACAGCAGCUUUUACCAACCUUCCCAGCCCUCCACCAGUCGCUACCUCAGAACCAAUGCUACAUGGCCACCACAAAGUCCCAGACAGCUUGCUUGCCUUUUGUUUUAGCAGCUGCAGUAUCUCGGAAGAAAAAACGAAGAAUGGGAACUUAUAGCUUAGUUCCCAAGAAAAAGACCAAAGUAUUAAAGCAAAGGACGGUGAUUGAAAUGUUUAAGAGCAUAACUCAUUCCACUGUGGGCGCUAAGGGCGAGAAAGCCUUGGGUGACAGUGCCCUGCAUGUAAAUGGGGAAAGCUUGGAGAUGGAUUCAGAAGAUGAAGACUCAGAUGAGCUGGAGGAUGACGAGGACCAUGGAGCUGAGCAGGCUGCUGCAUUUCCCACCGAGGACAGUAGGACUUCUAAAGAGAGCAUGUCUGAGACUGACCGUGCUGUGAAGAUGGAUGGAGAUUCAGAGGAGGAGCAGGAGUCCCCCGACACAGGGGAGGAUGAAGACGGCGGAGAUGAGUCUGACCUGAGUUCUGAAUCCAGUAUGAAGAAGAAAUUUCUCAAGAGGAGAGGGAAGACUGACAGCCCCUGGAUCAAGCCUGCUCGGAAAAGGAGGCGGAGAAGUAGAAAGAAGCCAAGCAGCGUGCUUGGUUCUGAGGCUUGUAAGUCAUCUCCAGGAAGCACAGAGCAGGCAGCUCUGGGAGACAGUGCUGGGUAUAUGGAAGUUUCCCUGGAUUCCCUGGAUCUCCGUGUCAGAGGAAUUCUGUCUUCCCAGACCGAAAAUGAAGGGCUGACCAAUGGUCCGGAUGUGCUGGAGACGGAUGGCCUCCAGGAAGUGCCUCUCUGCAGCUGCCGCAUGGAAACCCCCAAGAGCCGCGAGAUCAGCACCCUGGCCAACAACCAGUGCAUGGCCACUGAGAGCGUGGAUCACGAAUUGGGCCGGUGUACAAACAGCGUGGUCAAGUAUGAGCUGAUGCGCCCAUCCAACAAAGCACCACUCUUGGUGCUGUGUGAAGACCAUCGGGGUCGCAUGGUGAAGCACCAGUGCUGUCCUGGCUGCGGCUACUUCUGCACUGCGGGUAACUUCAUGGAGUGUCAGCCUGAGAGCAGCAUCUCUCAUCGUUUCCAUAAGGACUGUGCCUCUCGAGUCAACAAUGCCAGCUACUGUCCCCAUUGUGGGGAAGAGACUUCCAAGGCCAAAGAGGUGACCAUAGCAAAAGCAGACACAACUUCCACAGUGACGCUGGCCUCUGGACAGGAGAAGAGCUUGGCUUCUGAGGGCAGGGCUGACACAACCACGGGCAGCACUGCUGGAGCCCCAGAGGACGACAAAUCUCUGCAGAGCACAGUCCCCCAGGCACCAGAGUGCUUCGAUCCUGCAGGGCCAGCUGGGUUCGUGAGGCCAACUUCUGGCCUUUCCCAGGGCCCAGGAAAGGAAACCUUGGAAAGUGCUCUAAUCGCUCUGGACUCUGAAAAACCCAAGAAGCUUCGCUUCCACCCAAAGCAGCUGUACUUCUCAGCCAGGCAGGGUGAGCUGCAGAAGGUGCUUCUCAUGCUGGUUGAUGGAAUUGAUCCCAAUUUCAAAAUGGAGCAUCAGAGUAAGCGUUCCCCAUUGCAUGCUGCUGCUGAGGCUGGCCACGUGGACAUCUGCCACAUGCUGGUUCAGGCCGGGGCCAAUAUUGACACUUGCUCAGAAGAUCAGCGGACCCCAUUGAUGGAGGCUGCAGAAAACAACCACUUGGAGGCAGUGAAGUACCUCAUCAAGGCCGGAGCACAGGUGGACCCGAAGGAUGCAGAGGGCUCCACGUGUUUGCAUUUGGCUGCCAAGAAAGGCCACUAUGAUGUGGUUCAAUAUCUGCUUUCAAAUGGACAGAUGGAUGUCAACUGCCAGGAUGAUGGUGGUUGGACACCUAUGAUCUGGGCUACUGAGUACAAGCACGUGGACCUGGUGAAGCUGCUGCUGUCCAAAGGUUCUGAUAUCAAUAUCCGGGACAAUGAGGAGAACAUUUGUCUGCACUGGGCAGCAUUCUCAGGCUGUGUGGACAUAGCUGAAAUACUUCUGGCUGCCAAGUGUGACCUGCAUGCCGUGAACAUCCAUGGAGACUCACCUCUGCACAUUGCAGCCAGAGAGAAUCGCUACGACUGUGUUGUCCUCUUUCUUUCUCGGGAUUCAGAUGUGACUUUGAAAAACAAGGAAGGAGAGACUCCCUUGCAGUGUGCAAGCCUCAACUCCCAGGUGUGGAGUGCUCUGCAGAUGAGCAAAGCGCUUCGGGACUCAGCCCCUGACAAGCCUGUUGCUGUUGAGAAGACGGUGAGCAGAGACAUUGCUCGAGGGUAUGAACGCAUUCCCAUUCCCUGUGUCAAUGCUGUGGAUAGCGAGUUAUGUCCCACCAACUAUAAGUACGUCUCCCAGAACUGCGUGACAUCUCCCAUGAACAUUGACAGGAACAUCACUCAUUUACAGUACUGCGUGUGCGUAGAUGACUGCUCCUCUAGCACCUGCAUGUGUGGCCAGCUCAGCAUGCGCUGCUGGUACGAUAAGGACGGCCGUCUCCUGCCUGAGUUUAACAUGGCAGAACCACCCUUGAUCUUCGAGUGCAAUCAUGCCUGCUCGUGCUGGAGGAACUGCCGCAAUCGUGUGGUGCAGAAUGGUCUCAGGGCCAGGCUGCAGCUUUAUCGGACACAGGACAUGGGCUGGGGUGUGCGGUCCCUCCAGGAUAUCCCACUGGGCACUUUUGUCUGCGAAUACGUAGGGGAGCUGAUUUCAGACUCUGAAGCUGAUGUUCGGGAAGAGGACUCCUACCUCUUUGAUCUUGACAAUAAGGAUGGAGAGGUAUACUGCAUUGAUGCUCGGUUUUAUGGGAAUGUCAGCCGGUUCAUAAACCACCACUGCGAGCCCAACCUUGUGCCUGUGCGCGUGUUCAUGUCACACCAGGACCUGCGGUUUCCCAGGAUCGCCUUCUUCAGUACCCGCCUGAUCCAGGCUGGGGAGCAGCUGGGGUUCGACUAUGGGGAACGCUUUUGGGACGUCAAGGGCAAGCUCUUCAGUUGCCGGUGUGGGUCUCCCAAGUGUCGGCACUCCAGUGCAGCCCUAGCCCAGCGGCAAGCCAGUGCAGCCCAGGAGGCUCAGGAGAAUGGCCUUCCAGAUACCAGCUCUGCAGCUGCUGCUGACCCCCUAUGAAUUGCCAGUGGGGCCAGUGGGACCUUCAGAAUCAUAUUUUGGUGACUGCAAUUUAGAGAGGAAAAUCUGCACAAGAUGUCCAAGAGGAGCUGGAGGUGUGGACACCUCCCAGGAAUGUUCUGGGCCUGAGGCGGUUCAGCUGGCCCAGUGCUCAGGCCAGAGCACUUUUCUGGUCCUGCACCUCAGAGACCCGACUCCAUGUUGCGUAACUUGUGAGUUCCUGGUGGUGGCUGUCGCUGCAGUGCUCCCAUUUCUCCUGGCCUCUGAGGCCCUUGCUCCACUGCCAGGUUGUUUGUAUGCUGUCUGGUCAGGCUCCUGUAAGGCACUCACCAAGGCCACCGUCACCUACAAGCUGCUCCGUUAGACCUGCUGCCCACAGCCUGUGUUGCUGGCACCAGCUCCCAGGUGCCACCAGAAGACACUAGCUCCCUUACAGCCUUGGAGAGGUUGGCUGACCCACCACUCACUUUGAUGAAAUGUGGGUUUGCUUUUUAAAGAAAUUCUAUAUCUAGCCCUAUAUAUCAAGCCUCUUACUGGUGUUUCUUUGCAAGGAAGCAGGUUGGUGGAUGCAGGCAGACCCUGCACCGGCCCCAGCCAGUUCCGUUGAUGCAGGCACCUUUUGUUGAUUUCUAAGCCACAUGCUAUGAUGAUGAAUAAACUCGUUGGUUUUCUACCAUUACGAACAUUAGGACAAAGAGUAAAAACACAAAACAGACAACGGUGCUGAAUCUGGUGUGGUUUCUACUCACCACGUGAAAAUAAACUAUCAACUGUAAAAAGAGAACAAAAUGAUUUUAGAAUAAAGUGCAGGAAAAACUUUUUUAAAAUGUUAGUCUUGUAGUUGAAUAAAUUUGCCGUCACCUUUUGUGUGAUGGCCUGGCAGGUCAUGUACUUUUUUUUGGCAUAUACCUUUCUAAAUACUGUAAUUAGUGCAGCGACAGUGGGGUUUUUUUUGUGUGACUCUUCUAAAACAUUCAUAAUGCAGUCAUGUUUAUUUUUUUCUGUUAAAAUGUUUUUGACAGUUUUAAGAGCAGUCUUUUGGCUCAGACCAUUUCUUGUUCUGUUUUCAAUGAAAUCAAUAAAAAAGUACUUUAAACGGA